AUGACCGCCACCAUCCCGCAUAACAGUACAGUCACUGAGGAAAGCUACUCUCACAUUAACAACGACACCGAAACGAGGACAGGGCCAGGGGUACCUUUCGUCCACGAAAUAAGCAGCGGUCUAAUAGACACGAAACUUUCCCUCGAAGUGAAGAUUCCGCUUGAGCAUAGACUUACGGAAUGGCUACUGCCUGGCAGUGGGAGCACUCGUAAAUCUGAAGCUCAAACUGCGCUGUCUGAAGUGAAGACCUUGCUUAAGAACGAUAAUUGGAGAUCUUUGCUUAAAGCACCGAGUAUCUGGUGGGACAAACUUGAGAUUAGAAAAGAGAUCUUUCGUCACUGCGCGCUCACCGAGGAAAGUCCAUUUGCUCUGUUUCAGUACAUGAAAAUCAGCCUCCCGGACUUUUCAAAAGACAGUCAAAGAAUUGAUCGAAAGAUUCCCAUGUGGUUUGAUUAUAUUACUCUUUACAGGAAUUUCCCUAAAAAUCUGAAAGUCCACGACGCGGAAACAGAUACGGGUUUUACAAUAUGCAAUGAUCAAGAGCUCUUUUCAUUCUUGGUCACCACUUACUUUAAAACGAUUAAGACGGAGACGCCGUCGGCUUUGAACACACCCGAGAAAGAAUCACUCGACUCGCUACAACAAGUCGUGACGCUUUUUGAAAAACUUCGACUCAAAUCGGCCACGCAAAAAAUAGCUGAAGGUAUGCAGCGGUACAUGCUCUCAAGGCCGGAUACAAAGGAGUUGGUGCUCAAGGCGUGGCUGCACAAUGGAGAGUCGCCCGAGAUUGUACCUUCUAUUUUACAAGAGCAUGGUUUGAUUGGUUUUGAUGACAUCAUGUUGUGGCUGCGAUAUGCCAAGUUGUACUAUAUGAGUGUACCUCCAAGCUCUAUGAAGUAUUACCUUGACCCUAAUGCUUUUCUCAAACUUUUAGAACAAAAGUUAACGAUACACCAAUUGACGAUCGUGUAUUCCACCAAAGCGUUUGGUCACCUGUUUGAAGAAGUUCUCCCCAUUGACGUUGCAAGCAAAAUUAGAGCAAAUUGGAAUAAAUUUCUCUUGGAUAAUGAUAUGACACCAGUCUUACUUCCAGCUCCUGUUUUCAUUACCAAGCGAGCGCCAGUUACAAGCAGAAUGAUUUGUGAUAUGUUGCUAUCGACGAUUGAGCUUGAUGACAUUGUUCAGCUGGCUCGUUUGGCUAUGGGGCACUCAGAGUUUAAAGAUCUAGCAGUCGGAAUGCUUAACUACCUCCCCUUUACCAACUUUUCGAAAAAUAACCGCAUGAAUCCUAAGAAAUACUGGCAACUCUUUUUGUCCCAACACGUGACUGCUGUGGUGGUGCAGCAAUGGUUUCGUUAUUCCGAAUGGUACUUUCGUCAAAGGAAAAGCAACACCGUGCAAUCGGAUGUCGUGAAUCUGCUCCAGGACAUUGAGCCGAGGCAAGAAGAACAAGUCUUGAAAGCCCUAAAGCAGUUACCGGAAGCAGAAUAUCUGGUAAAUUACUUAGAGAAUCAAGAAAUACCUGCUUCAAAGAAGCCCAGAAAUGUUUAG